AUGGCCCUCAAAAGGCAUGUUGGGAGACAUCAAGAGCAGCUAGCUCUUUUUGCUCUACCACCCAAUCUGGAGGAGACUGAUGGAGAUGUAAAGGAUGAUGGUACCAAUUCUUCCGAUGCCGCCGUUAACGUCGACGAAUGGCGAGACGCAGAUAUGUCAGAUUCUGGCGAUUCAGAUAGUGUUGAUCCGUCAUCCACAGCCGGGACGACAGAACACGUCCAGCCACGAAUGAUAUCAUGUCUUAAUUGCCACGAUUGGCGGGUGCAUGAGGAACACGAGAGAUAUUGCCCCAGGUGUGGAUCAGAAGACAUUGCCCCUGCGAGCGCUCGAUGGACGAAGAUCGACAGGAGGUUCGUGAAUCCGCAAGCGCUUGAGGAAGCACGGGAGCAAUUCGAAGAACGUGAAGACUGUUGCAUUGUUCUGCGCGUAUUGACUCAAGAAGAAAUUCAGAAGCUGGCUGACCGUACAAAAGAGAUCCGCGAAGCUAGACAGGCAGAGUGCGAAGGCUAUAACCAGCGCUGGAUCCCCAAGCCCAUCGAAAACUGGCCGCCCCAUCUAAGAGGGAUGACCAAGUCAGCAGAGGCAGCGAGGGUGAUAGUAAAGGCAGCCCAGGCAGCUCGAGAGGAAGCUGAGAAGAAGGCGGCUAAGGAAGCAGAAGACACGAAAGCUGCACACAAGAAAGCACUCGAAGAAGCCAAGAAAGCCCAGGAGGAGCUUGAGGAAACUAAGAAACUGCUAGAGAGGCUGCAAAGUUGA